AUGAAGUAUAUAUCGAGGACGCCCAUUGCCUCCGCCUUGGCACUUGCUAUUCUAGUAUGGCCAGUACUAUCGAGUACUCAGCCCAGUUCUGGCUUAAGCGACGGUGCUACAGCUGAGCGCGGAAAUGGGGAUAACAAGACCGGGACAACCGGGACAAUCCAUGGUGUUAUUAUGUCCAUUGUCUUCUUGCUUGGUUUCCCAAUUGGGUCCUUCCUUAUGCCUCUCAUCAGGAAGUGGCUCAUUCAUGCCUCAUGGCAGAUCAUCGUCUUCAUUGGCAUGUGUGCCGGCUUUGGUGUUGGCAAGAUUGCUGCUGACCGCAGCGGUGAUUGGAUCUCCGACCCUCACGUUGUGCUCGGCACCUUUGUCUGCAUUUUGAUGGUCGUGCAGCCCAUUUUAGGGUGGAUUCACCACCGAAAUUACGUCAAGUAUGAGCGACGAACUAAAGUCAGUUACGGUCACAUCUGGUUUGGCCGGGCGCUGAUGUUUAUUGGUAUCAUUAACGGUGGGACCGGUUUGCAACUCUCCGGUGCAUCCUCGGGUCCAAUCAUUGCCUAUUCUGUGAUUGGUGCUAUUGUGUUUUCUAUCUAUACUGGGGGUGUUGUUCUGAAGGAGGUCAGGCUGCGAGGAAGAGAAGUGGACGAUCAGAGCGUGAUGGAAUUGUAG